GCAAGAGUAAUUCACGACUACUAAAAACCACGCAGUCGUUGAGACUAAGCACAAGAACAGCAACAAAGAAAGAACAACGCAAAAAUAACUAACAUGUCUGAAACAUACGAUUACCUAUUUAAGUUUCUCAUAAUCGGCAGCGCGGGCAGCGGCAAAAGCUGUCUUUUGCAUCAUUUCAUCGAAAGUAAAUUUAAAGACGACAGCUCCCAUACGAUUGGCGUUGAGUUUGGAUCGAGGAUUGUUAAUGUGGGUGGGAAAUCGGUGAAGCUUCAAAUAUGGGAUACAGCUGGGCAAGAACGCUUCCGUUCUGUAACCCGUUCGUAUUAUCGAGGCGCCGCUGGCGCUCUUUUGGUUUAUGAUAGCACGUCACGGGAUUCGUUCAAUGCCUUGACUAAUUGGUUAAACGAUGCUCGAACAUUGGCCAGUCCAAACAUAGUUAUAUUACUAGUGGGCAACAAGAAGGAUCUGGAGGAGGCACGUGAUGUCACUUUCCUAGAGGCGAGCACAUUUGCACAGGAAAAUGAGCUAAUAUUCCUUGAGACGAGUGCUAAGACGGGUGAGAAUGUAGAGGAGGCAUUUCUAAAGUGCUCAAAGACAAUAUUGGCCAAGAUAGAGACAGGCGAAUUGGAUCCUGAACGUAUCGGAAGCGGCAUUCAGUAUGGAGGGGCUGCCCUGCGGAAUCUACAAACAAGACAACGCAGCAUUAACAAACCCGACUGCACCUGCCGGGUGUAGAUGAAAGAUUAUAGAUUAUGCAAAGAGAGGAGCUUAACCCAAGUUGUGGGGAGUGCACUUGAACAAUAUUUGUGUAUUAGUUUAGGUGAGCAACUUAAUCUCAUUUAAUCUACUUGAUACGAAACCGCAUUAGCCUUAGUUUUAAUAUAUGUGUAUGUAAUGUAUUUUUCCUCUAUUGUGAAAAAAAAUGUUUAACCCUAUCUGCACAGUGCAAUUUGUGGCAUUCCAAAAUAUUAAUUCGUUUGAUUGUUUUGAUUUAUUGACUCCUCACCUUCAAUUUCUGAAUUCAUUGUACAAGUUUCUUUCAAAAUGUUAACAUAUACUAUUUGUAUGUAAACUGUAAGCACUUCAAUAAUUGUAAACCAGUGGCGGGCUCC